UAAUCAGUCAUUUUAAUACAUUACAUUUUACAUGUUUUAAAUUAAAACGAAGUUUUUCAUUCUUUGAAUGUCAUUUUGUGGAUAAUCUAUUUUUAAAUUUUUAUUAUUAAAAUCCAAAAUGAAUUCUUUAAGAAAAAUACAAAGUGUUAUUAUUAGACUAGGAAAUCGUUAUUACAAUAAACUUGGAAUUAUUGGAGUACCAUUUGAGAAAGGCCAGCAUAAGAGAGGUGUAGCACAAGGUCCAGAAGCAAUUAGAGAAGCUGGAUUAAUGAAAGAAUUAGAAUUAUUAGGAUUAGAUGUGAAAGAUUAUGGCAAUAUUUUAUAUGAAGCAAAAAAUGUAACUCAGGUAGAUAACAUGACACACUUAGGUGAUGUUGCUGGUUGUACAAGUAAAUUAUCUGAACAAUUUCAACAAAUUUUGAAAAAAAAUCGAAGAGUAUUAACCAUUGGUGGUGACCAUAGUGUAGGAAUUGGAACUAUAGAUGGUCAUGUUAAGAAAAAAGGAGAUAUAGCUCUAAUAUGGGUUGAUGCUCAUGCAGAUUUAAAUACAAAUAAAACAAGUACUACUGGACUAUUUCAUGGAAUGCCUGUAGCAUUAUUAACUUCUGAAUUGGCUGAUUAUUGGCCACAUCUUCCAGGAAUGGAUUGGCAAAAACCAAUGCUGUCUAUCAGAAAUGUAGCUUAUAUUGGAUUAAGAGAAGUUGAUAGUUAUGAAAGACUAGUUAUUGAGAAAUUUGGUAUUACUGCUUUUGGUAUGGAAGAUAUAGAAAGAUAUGGUAUUCAUGAUGUUACUUAUAUGGCAUUAAAUAAAAUAGAUCCUAAUGAUUCAAGAUCAAUACAUGUUAGUUUCGAUAUUGAUUCAUUAGAUCCUUUGGAAGCACCGUGUACAGGAACUCCUGUACGUGGUGGAUUAUCAUUGAGAGAAGCUAUUCAUUUAAUGGAAGUUCUCUAUAGAACUCAGAGAUUGAAUGCAUUAGAUAUUGUAGAAAUAAAUCCUUAUAUUGGUAAUAAAUAUGACGUUCGACUAACUGUUGGAGCUGCUAUACAUAUUAUUCAAGCUGGCUUUGGAUAUAGUAGAAGAGGUCUUAGAGUUCCAAAAGGUGUUACAGAUAUACCAUUACCAACAAUUAAAUAAAUUAAUUAUAUUUAUUCAUAAUUUUAUAAUAUUAAAUAUAAUUAAGAUGUCAUAUUAAUUCUUCUUUGAAGUUUAUACAGUAAUAAGCUUUUGUAAACUUUUAAACAAUACCAGAAAAAUAUAAGAGAAAUACAAAAUAAAACAAUA